AUCAAUACAUUUUUCCUACGUGAAGCCUUUUGUAAGAUAGUUGAUUCGGAAAACAAAUACAAGGGUGACUUCGGGAAACGAGUCACGGUCCGCUGGUGCAUAGUAUUACUGGUCGCCUGUACUUGGCGCGAGUUUCGACCGAGUCUCUUGAUGUUAUGCAUCAUUUCGUUCGCCUGGAGAUUUUAUAAAAAUUGCGGCAAUUACACUAAUAGUAAAAUUGCUUAAAUAAGAUAAACGGUUUCUACAAAUUUGCAAAGGCACCUUCAAUAUAUCAUAUAGUUUACUCCUCGCUAUACGCCUUAUCCAGAGGUGUAUGCAUUGUGAAAAUAAUAUAAAAUGAAAAAUAAUAGACAGAAUAAUAAACUAAAGCAAUUUCUUACUUUUCUUGUCAAUAAAAUUUACUUAAUACACAUAUAUAGUAAUAAUCUUAUUGUUAAACAAAUCAUAUAAUAUUUGACCUCUUGAAAGUUGUGUUCAACCACCAAGAUGAAGCAUGUAUUAACUCUACUUGGUUCAUUGCUAUAGUUGGUCCACGAGUUCGAUGUGUUUUUUGACAGAUCAAAAACAAUGAAGUUUCCGGCAAGCCACGCGUGAUCUUGCAUAUAUAUUAUAUUUUUCUAUUUUAGCAUAUAUUUCCGUGUUUUUAUAUAAAUCCCUGUAUGAUUUCUUAAGGAUUGGAUUCCUGCCGAACUGUCAAAAAUUCACAUUGACCCCGUGAACCGACUAUAGCAAUGCAUCCCAUUUACUAUAAAGGGAGCCACCAAUUCGUUCCAAUAAUCAGUCCAGCAUCCAGCAGCAUCAUGUUAGUGAUCUUGAUACCAUUCUUCCUCGUUGGUCGUAUACCCAUCGAGAAAGAUGUUUGGUCGCCGAAUUUGGAGUAUAACUUUAAGCUUAACAUCAGCCAGAUAGAGCGGAUCGAAUCAGACACAUAUCUUUAUUCGAGUGUAACAGCGAAUUUGUUAUGUCGUCCAAGAAAGUCCGACGUUUUGAGCUGCGUCAUGGAGAAUCCGUUGAUAAGGAACGAGGAAACUAAAAUCGCGAACGCAGGCGAAUCGUAUCUUGAAUAUUUCGGGAAAUGGGUUUAUUUCGAUCAGCUUGUAAAUCCACGCUUUGAAAUUGUUUUUGAUAAAAAUGGCGCAAAGAGUCUUGUCGUAUCGCGUAACGCGUCGGCAAACUUAAAUUUGUACAGAACGAUAGCCAAUCAAUUGAGUAUUGGCACUGUUCUCGAACACAGAAUGUCCGGUGACUUCAGUGCCGUGGAAAAUUCAACUGUUGGCCAAUGCGAAGUGCUUUACAGGAUCAACAAGGACGGAAAGAUGAUACAUGCGGAACGAACGGAACCCACGUUCACUCUCGUUUCCAUUGCUAAUAAUCACAAGCCUCGUGGUAAAGUUAUUGAAAUAGAAAAACAUCGAAACUUAAGUAACUGUCAGAUAAAUGACAUUUACUUAUUUGAAACUUCAAAAAAGCAUUCGGCAUAUAAGCAGAAGUUGGAGUCACACGUGAAAAAUUAUUCAAGUACUUUCUACAUAUCCGAUACCGUUUUCCGUUCGGAGUCUCACGCCGAUACGGAACUGACUGACAACGAGAAGAAAGUGGGCACCGUAGAGUUAAGGAUAAUUCUCGCUCUGGAAAGAAUUAAAAUAUUGAAUUCCGAAAUACCAGAAGUGGAGGAUCCUAUAACAGUCGGAGUGAUUGGCGAAAAUUUUACCAAGAAAUCAGGUAACAACAUUGAGAUACACGAGACUAGUACAGAGAGCGAAGAAACAGAAAGUAACAGCAAAACAACCGAUAAUGAAUAAAUAAUAUUUUAAUAAGUAAUCUUGAAAAAUAUUUAUAAGCUAUGCACGAUAUUGUAACAAAUAAAUAAUCAAUAUUACACGUAUAGAAAAGUGUACGAAUGAAAAUAUCGAGGAUUAUGGUAUAAUAAUAAGUGUGCGAUCAUAAUAUAUUUUCUCAUCUUUAAGUUACAUUGUAUUCAUCGGAUUUUACGUGACUACGCGCUUCUUAUAAUUUUCGUCCAUUAUAUUUUUGUAUAUUCAAAUACAGUCGAGCGUCACUGA